AUGGCUCAGAGGAUGAAGUGCAGACCCUGGUCAGCCCUGGGCAGGCUGGAGACCUACAACUCCCACAGUCUUUUCAGUGAAAUACAACAUACGUCUACAGCUGCUCAGAACCAAACUGUACAACAAAGAGCAAAAACUGCUGUGGUGACAACCAGGAAUCAGGCACUGUCCCCCACUGAUUUCAUUGGAGAGUCUGAAGAAGAAAGGCAAAGUCCCCCAGAAUGGCUGGAGAAAGAGAUCUUAAGAAGACACCAGAGAAGAUAUUCACUGGGACUUGUGGACAGCAUUAUGGAGAGUUUACAGAAUCAGUGUGACCCAGCUAGGAGCCUCAGGAAGGAAAAGAUUGAACAAGAAGUCACACUGGAGCAGUUGCACAAACUGAGGAAAGCCUUUGAGGAGCUGGAAAAGAAUGGCCAUCAAUCUCUGGACCUAGAGAAAUUUAAAUGGGCAGUGAAGAAAAGCACAGGAUUGCGAGGAACGAAUGACGAGCAGAUUGAAAAGCUAUUUAUGAAAAUAGACUUUACUGCAACAGGGAAAAUUCAGUGGGAACAGUUAUGCACUUACCUGCAGUUGGAUUACUCAGAAUUGGAAGAGUCUUAUCUGAGACGCAGAAAGAUCAGUUUUAAUUUGCCGGCUACCAUACAAGAAACAUUCCAUGGCGAUCCAAUCCUACGCGUUUUCCCUAUGCAAGAUAACACCUUGAUAAUGGUCAGAGAAGACGGUCAUAUCUAUUUCUGGUCUACACGGCUCAAGCUGAAACGUGACAAGCCCAUUUUUGAGAAAAGUGUGAAAAAGAUGGCUAAGUGGGUGACGGACUUCACAAUCAUGCUACAGUAUAAUAAAUUAGUCCUGGCAACAGGAGAUCGGGAGAUCCAACUGUAUGAACUGUCCAAUAUGGAGCCAUACUGCCAAAUCACUGGACUUGAAACCAUACCCUUAAAAUUAGAUUACUGUGCAACUGACACCGAUGAGUGCAUGAUUUUAUAUGGCGAUGACAAGGGAUGUGUGAAUAUUUUACUCUUUACUUCAGUAGGAGAAACAUUAAGGAUGUGGAAGAAGAUGCCCAGGGCAGAUAACAUAAUUCCAACCAUUGUUAUAGACAAUGUUAUUCUUUCUCCUCAUGUGACUUACAUUCGCUGGAAAGUACACAGCGAUUGGGUUACCCAGAUGAAGUACUUUGAUUCCAUUAAAGCUGUAAUUUCUUCUUCAAAUGACGAAUCUACUGCUUUAGUUAUAGGUUGUACCAUAGGGACUACAAAUGUGGAACAGCAGAUGAAGGACAUCAAAGAUCAUGUGAGAGAUGUGAAGGGACGACGAGCUCCACUGACAUCUGGAUCACCACAGAAGAGAGCGGAAGGAGACCAGACUGUCUUUCGGGUGUAUAAAGGGGUGAAGACCUUUGCAUUCUGCAAGAAGAACAGUCUUGUGAUCACAGGGGGAAUGGACCGCAUUAUCAGAAUGUGGAACCUCUAUGUGCCUGCGCGAGCUACAGGAAUGCUUCGAGGUCAUACAGCACCCAUAUUCUUUCUGGAGGUCUCUUCAGAAGAUAACAAGAUAUUUUCUAUUGCCACCGAUUGUACAAUAAAGAUAUGGGACAUUCAAAGCCAGACCUGUUUGUUUACUGCCUGCUCAAAAUCAACCGGAAUCAGAGGGGAACUAACCGCUGGUCUCUAUAUCCCAGAUAUCAAAGCACUUUGUGUUACCACUGACUCCAUUGCUCUUCUGCAGGUCAAGCUAAAGUCCAUAGCACCGCCAUACCUGGAUACUUCUCACAAAGAGCCAGUUCUCUGCUGCAAAUUCAACAAAGCCUUCCGGCAAGUGGUAACCUGCUCAGAGGGAUCGGUAGUUCGAGUUUGGGAUUUUGAGACUGGGAAACAAGCUUUUGAAUUUAAUGAUGCCCAUGGAGAUGCUGGUAUCACAUGUAUGACAUUUGACCCAAGCGGAAGAAGAUUGAUCACAGGAGCAAGAGAUGGCUGUCUAAAAGUGUGGAAUUACAAUAAUGGACAGUGCCUGCACACUCUGAGGAGAGCAAACAAAUCUGAUGAGAUCUGUGACUGCACUUAUAUAGAAAUAAAUAGAAACAAAUAUAUUGUGGCUGUUGGAUGGGAUCGAAGAAUAAAUAUGUAUAUUGAUUCUGAUGAUGAUCUUCAUCACUUCCAAGAGCCACAGCCAGGCUGGAAGGAUGACUUGAUUCGAGGCCACCGUGAAGACAUUCUGUGUAUUUCUCAAAAUCCACCUAAUCUCCUUGCCAGCUCGAGUUAUGAUGGAGAAAUUAUUAUCUGGAACAUGAUUUCAGGUCACAUACACUGCCGGAUAAACACAGCACUUCACAUUGACUCUGCAGGAAUAAAACUGAAAGACAGAAGUGUUAGCAAGAUUCUAUUUCUGAAAACACGUACUGUGCGGUUACAGGCAGCUGGUUCCUUGGUCUCCAAUGGACCUCUUGGUUCUGUCAAUUUCUGGAAUUUGCUACAUGGAGGGAAGCUGACUGCAAGCUUUAAACCAUCUAAAAAUGGAACGCAGGUCAGCAGUCUCGCUGUGAAUAAAGACAAUUCGCUGUUGUUUGUAGGAGAUUAUAUUGGAUACGUUUAUACUUAUGACAUUAAAGAGUAUUCCAUACACGGGCCUGAGAAAGAUCGUCCACUGUGUGUCUGUCAAUGGAGAGCACAUGUGGACAUGAUUACAGAGUUGGAAGUGAUAGAUGAAGAUAAAGUGGUUUUGUCAUCAUCCAUAGACUGUGCAGUGAGGCUCUGGAGCCUGAAUGGAGAAUUUAUAGGAACAUUCGGCCAGACGGACCCAUGGGAAGUGUUCACGCCGGCUUCUUGGAAGCAUCCAAUGGUGCCUUAUGAGAUCCUUAUCGAUCCAGAGAGUAUGCCUGUGCAUCCAGUACUGGAAGAACCAGCAGAUGACCUGGAAAACCAUUCUACUCAAGAUAAAACAAAAGAAGUUUCAGAUAUAAAGAAUGAAGCAAACUACUUUCUGAAACCCGUACAGCUCACUGUCACAGAAGAUGAUAUUCAAGAAGAAAUUACCAGACAGAAACGAAGCCACAUACAUGGAAAAUGGUUACGCCAUGAAAAAUAUAAAAUCUCACACAAGCCAUUGGAUCAUGGUGGACCCACUGCUUUUCACACUCUUCAGUACUUUGACCUUGAAAACAAUCCAGUUAAAUUUGAAAAGCCAGACAUUUCAGCUGCUGGCGCAGAUCUCUUCCAAAGCUAUCUGUCUUCCUGACAUACAGAUAAAAAAACAUUUCAUAGGGUGCUGCUAGUGUGGGCAGAGGUACUAGAAAU